AUGGAACUGUAUGCAGUUUGGCUGACGAUAAGAAGACAGCGAACUCCAGUGCUAUCCAGUCAUAUUUAUGCUCCGCAGAUGGAUGCUUCACUAGGGAAUAUGCAUCGACAUCGCGAAGAUCAUAAAUGUUUAUGCAGUGAAAAUAAUAAAAUAUUGUCUGAACUUGAUACUACGAAAAAUCCUGGAAAGUUAUUGGUCUCAUCCAGUGAUAGCCAAACGAAUAGUUCAGAGCAUAAAACAAAUGAUGUAAAAAAAAAUCUUGGUGAAAUUCAUAAUAAAAGAGCCGAUAUGAUUGCAAUUAUGCGAUUAAAAUCAAAGUUGAAAUCAGAGGUUCCAAAUUCAGAUCGAAUAUUUCUUUUCCUUAUACAGGACUCAAGACGAGAACCUGUAAUGGUUUCUAAGAAAUGGUCGAUCGGUCGAUGUGUUUAUGAAAUCGCUAAAUAUUUUGGUAUACAAAAUAAUAAUGGAAAAUUCGAUGCUAAAAUACUUCGAAUGUAUUCGGCGUCAGAUCGACAAGUACCUCUUCCGAUGACGGAUGAAGCGCAGAAACAUUUAAAUUGCUCUGAAGAUAUUAUUCUUCGAAGAGAUGAUUAA